AUGGCAAAAGGAAAGAAAGACGCAAUCGAAGUUAUUGAAGACGAUUACUCCGCUAAGUUGGACAUGUGUCUAACUGAUGGAAUUAUUAAAACAGGAAGUGGAGUAGUACUUGGAGCCCUAUCUUCUGUUUUGUUUUUGGGAAGACGGAGAUGGCCAAUCAUAGCUGGCAUGGGUAUGGAACAAAUAUCAAUACGAAAUAAGACCUCUGAAGUUAUACAAUCA